CUGAGGAAAAUUGGGCAAUGUUCAUGCGCAAAAGAAAUAGCGCGUAUAUACAAUUUUCUUUGCAACGAAAGAAACUGUGAGAUGCACCAUCAAGGUCAGUGUAGAAAUGAGGUGAGUCAAUACACAAGGUUCGUGAUGAAGGGCUUUCUUUGGUUCAUCCAAGAUCCGCAGAGAGGCAGCCGCGGCCCACACUCGACUUUUAGAAGCAGUCGGAGAUACCUCUCUGGAUAGAUUCUUUAACAUAAGUGUCAGGACAACAGCUGCUUUACUGUUCCUUCCGUUCACAUGAAAUAAAAAAAUCAAACACAACAAUUUCAUGCGCAACCGGCUGGAAACAACACACCGUAAUCAUCUACGGACCAUAAGUCACCACCAACUGGCAAUAACACACUUACACCAUCAAACAUGAAGUUCUCCGCAACAGCCGCCCUCAUCCUUGCCCUCUCCGUCACCAGCGCCCUGGGACAGCUGGAUAUCACUAAAGGCGAACCCUACUGCACGGGCGACUAUUUGAGGAUGAUGAGACUCAACCGCAAAUGGAUCAUCCAUGCCAUGGUCCCCGACACCGACGAUAUCCCUAGAAUCUGCGGCGGUCUCUGGGAUAAUCUCAAGUCGUUUCCGGCAUGCUCCACGCUCGGGAUCGUCGCCUGCGAGCACAGGUGGGAGGGUAUGUUGACCUGGCGUUUUGGGACGAUGGGGUGGUGCAACCACGGCAUGAUCGAGUCCGUUUGGUGGGAAGCCACCAAAAACAAGUUCGGCCCACUCAAGUGUAAGAGCAAGGUCAGGCAAUGAACCUGGAGAAAAGUAUCUCAUUCACGCGAAUGGUAUAUGUUCUCUGUCGUCCGCGAAACUAUGGAUUUAACUGAUCGAGGUUCGUCGAAUCUUCAUGUUGAAGAAUGAGACCAUCUGAACACCUCUACUCCUCCCAGCAGCCGACCAACUCAACACCAAUCUCACAAAGCCUACGUCCAGUUAAGAUAGUUGCGGAAAGGGAAUUU